GGGCUAGCGCAAAGGGGGGAAUCGAGAGGAGGAGGGGGCGAGGAGGAGGAGGCGGCACGGGUGCUGUUUCUCCAGUCUCUUUCCCCUGUCUUUGUCUCACACACUCUUUUGUUAGCCAUGCCUAGCCUGCUGGUUCUAGCAGGGAUCAUGGAGAAAAAUGGGGGCUACGGCAGGGAUCUGGCCGGCUCCGGCUUCGGAAGCGAGGGUCUCCUUGUGCCGCCCGACGAGGAGGAAGACGACUCCCGUGCCCUCAGGGUCGCGCUGGGCCAGCUGUCUCUGCUGGGGCUCGGGGAAGGCGAGGACGGCGGCGGAGCCCCAACAACAGGAGUACAGGACCGGAGCAACAAUAACAACAACCACCACAACCACACGAACAGCGUCGGCGGCGGGGAUACGGCGAUUCUGCAAGGCAAGAGCAAGUUGUGCGCCCUGUACGAGAGCUCCUCAAGUGAGACGAAAGGACGAGGCUGCAACAUAACAGAAUGCGUCCCAGUGCCCAGCUCUGAACAUGUGGCCGAGAUAGUGGGGAGACAAGGUUGCAAGAUCAAAGCCUUGCGGGCCAAGACCAACACCUACAUCAAAACCCCCGUCAGAGGAGAGGAACCUGUGUUCUUAAUCACUGGGCGCAAGGAGGACGUUGCCCUGGCCCGUCGUGAAAUCAUCUCUGCUGCAGAGCACUUCUCCAUGCUGCGGGCGUCCCGCAACAAGCUGGGAGUGUCUUUUAGCGGCUCCCCGCCCACACCUUUGCCAGGUCAGACCACCAUUCAGGUGAGAGUGCCAUACCGUGUUGUCGGGCUGGUGGUGGGGCCUAAAGGCUCCACCAUAAAACGCAUCCAGCAGCAGACCUGCACUUACAUUGUCACUCCGAGUCGAGACCGCGACCCGGUCUUUGAGAUCACGGGCUCCCCGAGUAACGCCGAGCGGGCCCGCGAGGAGAUCGAAGCACAUAUCGCCUUUCGAACGGGAGGCCUGCACGACCACAACAACGAGAACGACUGUCUGGGCCCGAAUGGUGGGAGCAGCCCGGCGGGCAGCAGCGGUGGUCUGGAGAGCCGGCUACAGCAGGUGUGGGGGCUGCAGGGGGGCCAGCGCAAGCCACUCACCAGCAGCUACCGCCAAAACUUCUCAGAUGCCAUGGUUGGAGGAGGGGGAGGAGGUAGCGAGGGAGGGGGGAUCUACAACAAAGGCAACUUCUCCAGCUCUGGAGAGAAGCCCUGCUCUUAUUUUGGAUCUGACGGUACCCAGAGCUGGGGUGACCCCGACUACCCCAAACAGGUGGCCUUCUACGCCCAGCAGCGCUCCAAAAGCUUCGGAGGCCUCCCGCUGCCCCUAACCAGACUCUCCCCCGGCUUACCCGAGUCCUGCGGAGGCGGAACCACCAACAACUCUUCAGUCACCAGCAUUGUGCCCAUAUCCGGCUCACCUCACGCCCAGGCCCGCCGCGCCCACAGCGAGCCCACCUCAGCCGGCGAAGGCUUUCCAGGCCGUCUGCCAGUGCCGGACUCGCCGCCGGCUACCGUGCGGGACUGCAUGACCUGCUUUGAGAGCAAAGUGACGGCUGCCUUGGUGCCCUGUGGCCACAACCUCUUCUGCAUGGAGUGCGCCAUCCGAAUCUGUGAGCUCAACCACCCGGAGUGCCCAGUGUGCCACACCCAGGUCACACAGGCCAUCCGGAUAUUCUCUUAAGGAACCAUGUCAGUUUUUAUCAUUAGUUUUGUCAGUGUUUGUUCAAUAAUUAUUUACUGUUAUUAUGAUUAUUAUUAUAAUACACAUUUUGGUUUUUCAGAAAAUUUAAAAACAAUCAAGCAGAUAUUUUAGAAGGCACUGCUUGCUUUACUAAAAAGUAUAAGAAAUAUUUUUAAGUUUUUCUUUUAUAUAUAUAUAUGCAUAUAUAUUUUAUAAAAGUUUUGUUUAUAAGAGAAGUAUAGUACCUUGCAUUUUCAGUUUUUUGACUGCUGCUGUUUUUCAUUCAUGAAUCACAGCGAAGGCAGAGGUAGACAGUAAUGUGAACAUUUUAUUAUUCAAAUUUUUUAUUUUACCGUGAAGUGGGUUUAUAUUGAAGGAGGAAGAUGAUUGUUGAGGUACCCAGUCUGCACCUGACUAACCCAGAAACUCACUGUUGUUAUUAGAAGGAAGAAAAAAAAGAUUUUUCAUUGCACCUUACAAUCAUCUUGGUCUAAAAUAGGAUUGUCAAUCAUACCUUGAAAUUUCAGGAGCAGAUGUGAAGGUGAAUUCAGCCUCGAACUGUGAUUGUGAUUCGAUAUAAUUGGUCCAAAAUAUUUUGGCAAAAAUGAUAAUGUGAAUAGAUUGGUUCUAGUCAAAAGAAACAAAAAGCAGACUUUUAUUUUAUAGUCUUAGAAACCAGAUAAUCCUAAAAAAAAAGGGAUAGCUCGUUACAUGAUUUAUUUAUACUAAUUGGUAGAAUUUUAUCGGCGUCAUUAAUCACAGAGAUGGAUGAAGGCUGUACAAAGUAUCAGUAAAAGUCUCUUUCCAGUAGCCAUUGAUUAAACUUUGGCCACUGCAGUUUGUUGAAAAGAUUCAGUAACGCUUGCUCCUCGUGGCACUUGAAAAGCAUGUGGUUCCUCGGUUGGCUUAAAGCACUGAUUUAAUUUGUGAGGCGGAAAGCCUUGGAAUUCAUCCAGUUGGCUGCUUCUCGAUAUCCGUCUCCCCGAUGGACUUGUCUCAAAGCCACCUUAACCGCGCUUUAUUGUUUUGCGGUGGUCAUUUGGCCACAGUCGCCCAACAAUGUAGGACAAAGCACGAGCUCCGGUCAACGAGCGUUUCGCUGUAAAUAAGGAAGAGAAUUAGCAUGUGGACAGAAGCCGAGCAAAAAUUGUAAAAGCGUCCCCUUAAUCAGCAGCACAUUAGAAUAGUUGACACUGUAAAAUACAGAGUCCCGAGUCAGUAAUCCCCGCUCUUCGUGCCCUCCGCUAACAGCAUUAUGUGCGAGCUCUGAGGGGCCUGCUGUCUCCCCUGUAAUUAGCAAAGCUGUACAGGAGCAGGUGUUUCAUGACACACUGUGGCUGUGACCCCGAGUUCGAGGUCUCGCCUAGCCCCCUUUUCUUUCUCCCUUUUCUUUGGGAGUGGCUUUCAUGUCUCCCCCUUCUUACAGUUCGAUCGCUUGCUUUCGAAGGCGUCUCUCUGAGCGAGGUGUAUUGUCUGGGCCCGGUAACAGCGUGGGCUGCAGAAAGCUCGGACACGGCCUGGAUCCACUCAUUCAUAAUUAGGCAAAUGGGCUGGUCCAGGUGCGGACCGUGUGGCAGGGUCCCGCGGCAAGCCCUUUACCACCCCACCCCGAUGUUAGCCAGCACAGAGGGGGCUGGACGGUCCGCGUGCAGCUGGGUGAAGAGGGCCCCCCUUCUUCCACUCCCCUUUGCCCAUUCCGCCCCCCUUUUCCUCUCCGUUUCUGCUGCUCCGAGCCAUCCCCAGUGAGGAAAAGGGGGGACUCUUUUGUCCCAAAACACACACACAAAAUUUGAAUGCUGAAUCUGGCAGCGCCUUUGAAAGGCUAAGGAGAGAAAUAAAAAAUAUCUACAGUUAUCGGGAGACGCAACAGUAACACGUUUUUACUGUUGAUGUGACACGAUUUGAAAAUGUUCACCUGGAAAACACAGAUUUUACCCCCCACCCUUGCCUUCAUUAUCCAGCUGCAGCUCCCUGAAUUUUGGAUGGGGUCCUGUUUGUGUGACGGCACCAGUCCAAAUCGAAAUUUCCACAAAGCUCCCCCGCCCCCUUUACCUCUGGGCUCCCUCCCCAUGUCAGCUCGCUACUGUAUGGGACAUCCUGCAACUGCCCCUUCACUAUGGACACCGAGAUUUCAGCCCCCCCUCACUUGUGUUAAGCUUCCAGAAUGAAAUCAGACAAUUGUAAUUGACAGAAAAGCAGAGGAAACGCCCCAUUUAACUAGCACUCAUGCUGAAUCAAAUUACACACCCUCUGCGUCUGCCUUAGCCCCAGCCUGGGGAUUUUGGAGGGCUAGAGGAGAGCGGAUGGGGGGUAGGGAUUAAAGCUGUUGAAUGAUGGGGGUGGAGGGGUUUCAUUUUGGUUGGAGAAGGAGAGAAGUAGGCUCCAAAAAAAACAC